UAACUUCAUCAGACCAAUCAGACGGCUCAGCUGUCACUUUUUCUUAUAAAAACACAGGUUUCCUCAAAUUGUUUAUUAUUCUUAUGGCGUUUUAUUUUUUAUAGGCAAUAAGGAACGAAAAAAAUCAAUGGCCUAGUUUUGUUUCAAUAUUCAUUUAAGGCAAAGUAGGCAUUUACCACAAUGGAGGCCGAUUCAACUACGUAUGAAUAUACGUAUCAUGAAGAUACAAAAGUUUCAGAUUCUCUACCUUUCACGAUCUGUCCUGGAAAUUAUAAACUAUAUCAGGAAUUCAUAAAUGAUAAUGGAGGGAAGAGCCUGGAAAGUCAAAUCGUUGAAAGACUCCAGGAGUUUGGCUUGUUGCCGAAUACGGUGAAAUGUCCUUCAUCCAAUCCUGAUUGCAAGGUUGUUUGCAAAGUUGCACGUGUUAUAGACAGAGUUCAAUGGGUUUGUGGAGGCUGUGGGAAAAGACAACCAAUCAGAAUUGGUUCAUUUUUCUUCAAGUUGCAAUGUUCUAUACUGCAAGCACUUCAGAUGACUCUUGCAUGGUGUGAGGAUGUAGAUAUUUCUGUUGCUUUACAACAUUUUGAUGUCAAACCAAGAGUUGCCAUUUCCAUCUAUGAUCGACUUGAUGAAUUGGCUAUAAAGGAAUUAAAUAAACAAAAACUAGGCGGUGAAAACUGUGUGGUUAUGGCAGAGAUGUAUCCAGAUUGUCUGAACCGGUUAUCACCAGAUACCACUGACCAACCACAUGUACACCGGAUAUUAAUGCUGGCAGAUACUAAACAUAUAUCAACAUAUUAUAGACUACAUGUUAUAAAGGGGGAUCCAAAACACUUACAUAUUGGUAACACUGAUGAUGAUGAGAUACUCAAAUCAGAAGUGGAGAUGGUAUUAAGUAAUAUGACUGAACCAGGUUCCAUGGUAGUGUUGGGCAAUAAUGUACCCAAUAUUGAUGGAUGUGUCAGCUACCAGAAUCUCGUACCACAUUGUGAUGUGGAUAUGCAGAGAUUUUUGAGUUCUCGCGUGUGGCGGCAAGCGCUGACGCUGUGCGCGGCUUCUCGCGAGUUGUGCGGGGUGGAUGCGGGGGCGGGGGCAGGUGUGGGCGCGGCUGGGGGAGGGACGGGCGCGGCUGGGGGAGGGACGGGCGCGGCUGGGUUAGGGACGGGCGCGCCGGCGUGCGCGCUCGCCGUGCAGCGAUACCUCGACGGUUCGCUUUACCGUUUGCGAUACGAUGACGGCUUCUAUGACCACAUGUUAAAACUUAUAUCUGUAGAGUUCACAGAAAAGUCGGCCAGUGAUAUAAGUGAGACUUAA